GAGAUAAUCAUCAUCAGAUAGAGAAGAACAAAGUGAAAUCAGUGUUGAGGAGAAGAACAACUUCAAGAGUCAUUUGGGACAUGGAUUUGGGAUUGUUGAGUAGCUAAUCCUUUCUUAUAUUGGGAUCGAAGUAUUCUUAGAAGCAAAGUGUUUGGUGUGAGAAGAUUGAUGAUGGCCCAAAGAAGGGAAGCAGUAAUGGGCAGUGGCAGCACAGAUGUUUUUGAAAAGGGAGAUAUCCAUUGGAAGAAAGUGAACGUUGAUUCAUCCAUUGCCAAUUCCUCUUCACCUCCAAAACCAUUGCUAAUCUUCACACCAACACUGCCUGGCGCAUACCCUGUAAUAUUCUUCUGCCAUGGCUUUUGUGUUCGCAAUAACUUCUACUCUGAGCUCCUAGCCCACAUAGUUUCACAUGGAUUCAUACUUGUCGCUCCUCAACUGUUUUGCAAUGGGUUGCCAAUGUUUGGACCUUGCGAAGUGAAAUUGGCAGGAAAAGUGGUGGAUUGGCUGGCGAAGGGGCUUCAACCUCUGCUUCCUGAGAACGUGGAAGCAAAUUUGGAAAAACUAGUUCUAUCAGGUCAUAGCAAGGGUGGAAAAACAGCUUUUGCCGUUGCACUUGGUUACGCCAAAACCACCCUCAAAUUUUCAGCACUUAUUGGCAUAGACCCUGUGGCUGGAUUUUCCAAACACUGCCAAACACUUCCUCGUAUUCUCACGCGUGUGCCUCGAUCCUUCAAUUUGGACAUGCCCGUUGCUGUCAUCGGAACUGGGCUGGGCCCAAUAAAGGGUAAGUGUUGGGCCCCACCGUGUGCUCCUGAAGGGGCGAACCAUAGGGAGUUUUUUGAUGAGUGCAAACCCCCACGUGCGCAUUUUGUGGCUUCGGAUUUUGGUCACAUGGACAUGUUGGACGAUGACACAGAAGGGGUGGUUGGGACAGUGUUGUCCAAGUGUUUGUGUAGGAAUGGGAGGGGUCCUAGGGACCUCAUGAGAAGGACCGUCGGAGGCUUGGUUGUGGCCUUCUUAAGGGCACACUUGAAUGGGCAGUGGAAGGAUUUUGAAGCUGUUUUAGGUGAUCCUAGUCAUGCUCCUACCAAACUUGAUCAUGUAGUGUACUUACCAGCCCCAAGUUAAAGCUUAGGUUUUGCUUGGAAGAAGAAAAAAAAAAAAAAGUUUGAUACAAGGGCUAAAACUACUAAAACUUUAGUUUUAGAUCCCUCAAUAAAAAAAUUGUUUGUUAUUAGUUUUUAUAAAAUAAAAUAUUUGUGUAUGUUAAUAAAAAGACAUCAUUUUCCUUUCCUUCAA